GAAAAAAAAAUGAGUUUCAAUCCGCUUUUGGUCGUUAAUUAUUUUUGGUACAUCACCAUUUUCCUGGGGCUUAUGUCAUCUUCAUCGAAUCAGGAUCCUGUUUCUGGUUCAGGUGCCGGUGCUGGUUCUGGUGCAGGUUCUGGUUCUGGUUCUGGUGCUGGUGGUGGUUAUGGUCAAGGUUAUGGUGCAGGUUAUGGUGCAGGUUAUGGUGCAGGUUCUGGUUCUGGUUCUGGUGCUGGUUCUGGUGCUGGUUCUGGUGCUGGUUCUGGUGCUGGUCAAGGUUAUGGUGCAGGUUCUGGUGCAGGUUCUGGUUCUGGUGCUGGUGCUGGUGCUGGUGGUGGUUAUGGUCAAGGUUAUGGUGGAGGUUAUGGUGCAGGUUAUGGUGCAGGUUAUGGUGCAGGUUAUGGUGCAGGUUAUGGUGCAGGUUAUGGUGCAGGUUCUGGUUCUGGUGCUGGUGCUGGUGGUGGUUAUGGUCAAGGUUCUGGGAUUGAUUCUGGUGCUGUCACUGCUGUUAAUAACACAGUAUCAAGAUUUUCGUCACUCAGUGCUACUUCAAGAGUCUCUUCAGCUGCAUCAGCCCUCGCAUCAAGUGGUGGAAUUGAUUCAAACAGUCUUUCCGACGUUAUCAGUAAAAUAAGUAGUAAGGUUGCAGCAUCUAAUCCUGGUUUGAGUGGAUGUGAAGUCAUGGUUCAAACCUUAUUGGAAGUAUCCAGUGCGUUGGUUCAACUAUUAAUUAGCUCACAAAACUUUAAUGUAAAUGCGGGAUCAGAUAGCGCAUAUGCAGUUUCUCAAGCAGUAGCUAACGUAGUGGGAGAAUACUUCAACUGGGGCAAUUGUUGUAGAUACUUUACUAGUAAAUUGGAACAAUCAAUUCCCAUCCCAUUGGCUGUCAGUCCUUUCGUCUAUUCAGUUGUUUCUGUGGUUCUAUUUGUCCACAGUCAGAACUUUUUCCUUAAAACUACACCUCGAAGUCUUAUUACUGGACUUCGAGUUAAUCUUCUAGACACAGUGACCACUCUUCUCAAACCUCUCGAACUGUUGGGCAUUAUGGCUUCCGAUAUGCAAUUGGAUUUUAGAUCAUUGGAUUUAACUUAUGUCGGGGAUUCUGAUCAUUUCGGGAUUCCCGGAUUUAAAUAUGUUCUUGGAUUUGAGGUAUUUGACCCUCCGAGUGUUAAUCCAGCCAAUGGAUGUUAUUGUGUCCAUACAAGGGAAAAGAAAUCACGAUGUGAACACUAUGGUCUCCUCGAUUGUACCGGUGGAUUUUCUGGGCCUCCGAUCAUAAUAACUAGGCCACAUUUUCUCGACACAGAUUCAGAAAUUCAGGGACAGGUUGACGGUUUAUCGCCAGAUCCAGAGAAACAUGAAUUCUACUUAUUAGUUCAGCCUGAUAUUGGAAUACCAAUAUCGGGUGCAGGUCGAUUACAGUUCAACCUUAGAGUUGAACGGGUUCCAUUUCUUCGUGGUUUUAACAAUAUCCGUGACACAAUUGUUCCUUUGGGGUGGAUCGAAAUAUCAAGUACAUUGGAUGGAUUUUUAUUUUAUCUACUCAAGGUUGGUCUCAUUUUCAUGAGGCUUUUACUAGUCUACUCAUCUUCAGUUACUCAUUUUAAAACUAGAAAAAUGAGUUUCAAUUCACUUUUGGCUUUUAAUUUUUUUUUGUUCAUCACCAUUUUCCUGGGGCUUAUGUCAUCUUUAUCCUACCAAUAUCAUGGUUCUGUAUCUGAUAAUGUAACUAGCGCUGGUGCUGGUUCUGGUGCUGAUGGUUACGGUCAGGGUGCUGGUUCUGGUGGUUAUGGUCAGGGUGCUGGUUCUGGUGCUGGUGGUUAUGGUCAGGGCUCUGGUGCUGGUGGUUAUGGUCAGGGCUCUGGUGCUGGUGGUUAUGGUCAGGGCUCUGGUGCUGGUGGUUACGGUCAGGCUGCUGGUUCUGGUGCUGAUCAAGGGAGGUAUAGUCAGGGUGCUGCUGCUGCUGCUGCUAGAGGUCAGUCUCAAAGGGGAGUUACAACAACCUCCACCAACCAAACAUCCUUAGCUAUGAGAACUUUCAGCAAUUUGGAUCUAAAAUGAGAUAGUAAAUCAAUUCAUUUUGUUCGAAAACUGAGUUUCAAUCACCUGGUAAAUUUAAUUCAGUUAAUCAUUCGAUUUAGUUAAAUUACUAAUUAUUUAUGAAUCUAAUUAAUUAAUAUUAUUAAUAAUAUUAAUAAUAAAAAUCUAAAUCUGCUUCUUGAUGAUAAAAUUUCUUUUCAUGACCUUACAUACAUUAUGAAAU